AUGCCGCGCCCGUACGAGAUUGAGAUCCUCGCCGGUGCCCUUGCGCAAGACAUUGUUCACAUCUGCGGCUGGGUCAUGGCUUUCUUCGAAGCGUUGCUCGACUUUUGCACGAGGCACUGGGAGCCCCUCAAGGAUACGAUCAAGGCGUACCACCGGAGGCGCGUCUGGGUCAAUCUCGCCGUGGUAUUCGUGUCGGCGCUCUCCUUGGGGCUCUUACUCUACCUCGUGGUCCUGCGUGCACCUUCGGCCGUGCCGGUGAUGCGCACGUCGGAGCGGCAGUCGUUUGUGGAGGCGUGUGACAGGCAGUUCGUGGACGACCAGCGACGGUGGGAGGCGAGGAUGGAGCUUUGA